CUAUCUAGCCAUAGAGAAGAUUGUUAAGGAUGCGAUGCAGUAUCCAGGGGGCAACAAGCAUCAUGAUUAUGCAGUUAAUAUCCUGGAGCCAGGGAGCCAGUUGGCAGGAUAUAGUAGGAAAGGUUCAAGACCCUGAAGAAUACAGACCUUGGGCCAUUUCAUCCUCUAAACAUGAACCUCCAAUGAUAAGUAAACCUCCAACUAGACCUCCUAAACUCCAUAUGAAACCCGAACCUCCAAUAAAAUCUGAACCUGCAAAAAAACCUGUGCAUUCACAGAAACCUGAACCUCCAAUGAUAAAAAAACCUCCAAUGAUAAAUAAACCUCCAGCUAGACCUAAACCUGCACUUAAUCUUGAACCUCAAAUGAAACCUUACACAAACACCGAGGAUCAAAGGAAACCUGAACCUCCACAGAUAAAUGAACAUUCUCUAAAAGAUAGACCUCCAACUAAGCCUGAACCAGUAUAUAAUCAUGAACCUAUAAUGAAACAUGAACCUGUAAUUAAGCGUGAACAUCCAAUGAAAUAUCAACCUGAACCACCAAUAAAAAAGGAGACUUUGGUGAAACAUGAACCUCCCAUGAAACCCAAACCUCCAACAAAAUCUGAACCUCAAGAUAAAUAUGAAACUGGACUUAAGCCUAAAACUGGGCCUCAAAUGAAUCAUGAAUCUCCAAUGAAUCAUGAAACUCCAACGAAUCGUGAUUCUCCAAUGAAUCAUGAAACUCCGAAGAGCCAUGAAUCUCCAAUGAGUCAUGAAUCUCCAAUGAGUCACAAAUCUCCAUUGAAUCAUGAAUCUUCAAAGACUCCUGAAUCUCCCAUGAAUCAUGAGACUCCAAUAAAUCAUGAAUCUUUAAAGACUCCUGAAUCUCCAAUGAAUCAUGAACCAUCAAUAAAGCAGUAUCCCGAAGAGAAGCAUCAAACUUUAGUGGAGAUCGAACUUUCAAUCAGUCCUGAACAAAUGAUUAAUCAAGAAGAAUCUGGAAAAGAUUCUGAUCUUCGUGAAAAUAUUAUUAAAGAUAUCAUUUCUGGAUACAUAGCUGAUCCUGCUGGUUAUACUGGAGGGAACAAAGAUGACAAAGCUAUCAACCCAAGGGGGAGAUUGGGUUCAGAUGAACAGUCACCAAUAAUUCUCAAAGAAAACAGUAGCAGUAUUAUCAAUGGAAGCAGCAGCUAUGGAAGCUAUAGUAGUGAUAACAGCAGUAGAAUGAGCGAUGAAAGGAGCAAAAGCAUUAUUAGCGACCUAAAUAAAGAAGAAGUUUUGAAACCAGCCAACAUGAAGUCUAUGCGAAGUAUUCAGGAACCGAUAAAACAAAGUAGUAGGCCCCCUUAUCCUCCAAAACCACCAACCCCGGAGGAACAUUUUCCAUUAAAACCCAAUACAGAGACAGAGCAGCAUUCUUUUUCUAAACCCGCUUUGAGUUCAGAUCAGCUCUCUCCUUUGAAGACCCCUCCAACCCCAAUGCCAAGUUCUUCUCCAAACCUCGUAAUGAGCUUAGUACAAAAUGCUCCCCCAAAGCCCUCUCAAACUCCAGGGCAGCAAACUCCUCCAGAACGCCAUCCAACCCUAGAGCCACAUUCCCCAGUAAAGCCAUUGUCACCCAAAGAGCAUUCUUCUGAGAACCCCCCUUUAGCUCAAGAACAUCCACAUCCUCCAGAGCAGCAUUCAUCACUGAAACCAGCACAAACAGCUGAGCACAACUCUCCUGUGAAACCACUUAAAACUGAAAAUUAUUCACUUCUACAACCUCCUCCGACUUCUGAGAAAUAUUCUCCACCAAAACCCUCUUCAGCUAUUGAGAAACAUUCACCUCCUACACCUCCUCAAACUCCUGAGCAGGAUUCUUCUCCAACAUUCCCUCCAACUUCUGAGCAACAUUCUCUUCCGACACCUCCAAAGUCCCCUCUUACUUCAGAGCAUCAUUCCCCCCCAAAACCCCCUCUAAUUCCUGAGCAGCAUUUACCUUUAAGGCCCCCUCCCACUCCUGACCAUCAUUCCUCUCCAAAAUCUCAAUCAACUCCUGAGCACCAUAUACCUCCAAAUCCCCCUACAGCUCCUGCGCAACACUCUCCUGAAAAGCCUCCUCAAACCCCCCAGGAACACUCUCCCCCAAAACCCCCUAAAGCUCCUGCAAAACACUCUCCUCCAAAGCCUCCUCCAACCCCUGAAGAACACUCUCCUCAAAAACCUCCUCCAACUCCUGAACAACACUCUCCUCCAAAACCUCCUCCAACUCCUGAACAACACUCUCCUCCAAAACCUCCUUUAGCUCCUGAACAACAAACUCCUCCAAAUUCUUCUCCAACUCCUAAACAACUCUCUCCUCCAAAACUUCCUACAAUUCCUGAACAACACUCUCCUCCAAAGCCUCCUUCAGCUCCUGAAGAAAACUCUCCUCCAAAGCCGUCUUCAGCUCCUGAACAACAUUAUCUUCCAAAGCCUCCUCCAGCUCCUGAACAACACUCUCCUCCAAAGCCUCCUACAGCUCCUGAACAACACUCUCCUCCAAAGCCUCCUUCAACUCCUGAACAACACUCUCCUCCAAAAACUCUUGCAGAUCCUUCACAACACUCUCUUCAAAAGCCUCCUUCAACUCCUGAGGAACACUCUCCUCCUAAACCUCCUUCACCUCACAAACAAAUCUCUCCUCCUAAACCUCCUUCAGCCUCUGAACAACAUUCUCCUCCAAAACCUCCUCCAGCUUCUGAACAACACUCUCCUCCAAAUCCACAUCCAGCUUCUGAACAACACUCUUCUCCAAAACCUCCUCCAGCUUCUGAACAACACUCUUCUCCAAAACCUCCUCCAGCUUCUAAACAACACUCUUCUCCAAAUCCUCCUCCAGCUCCAAAACAAAACUCUCCUCCGAAGCCUCCUCCAACUCUUGAACAACACUCUCCUCCAAACCCCCCACAAAAGUCUGAAGAGUAUUCUCCACCUAUAAAACCCCAAAUGAGAGUUCCUGCACAGUAUCCGAGUAUUUCCGAGCAUCCAGAGAUCCAACAAUUCCGUUUUGGAGGAGGAAGUAUGCCGGAUGAGGUUGGAAGGAUCCUAAACGGAACUGUUCAGAUAUUACAGAAGAAAGGGCUCACACUAGGGGGAGAAAAUAAGGGAUGUGGUCCAAACGAAGUUUAUCUUCUUGACAAGGAGAAAAUGGUUCUUGUCUCUUCUGGUAACAUUGCUCAUGAGCUUACAGGUUUAACUAGGUUUGAGGAUAAUCUUCUCAACCAAAUUAAAAACCAGGAAUCCAUCAUCCAAACUUUAAAAGCAAGAUUGGAAUUCCAAGAUAGUCAGGCUGCAAACAUUAACAAUAUCAUGAGAUCAUUUAAAGCUACAGAUGAAGAAAACAGUGUGGAACUUAGAAUGACUAAGGAUGAGCUUGUGAAGGCCCGGGAGAAGAACAAUAGGUUGAACCAGGAGAACCUGGACCUGGCCAAGGAGCUGGAGAAGGUCCAGCACGAGCUCAGGAAUCUCCAGAUCCUUGUGCACAUCAAGGAUUCUAAAAUUGAGGAACUCAAAGAAGAAUUAUACAAUGGAUCAACAACUCUAGAGAGGAACCAUCUCAGGGAGGAGGUGCAGAACUAUAAUAAAGAUGCAGAACAUGAAAGAAUUGCAAGAAUAAAGCUUGAAAAGAAUAUGCAGGAUCGAAAUGCCGCCGCUAUACAGUUACCAGAAGCUGCAGCAAUGUCAGCUUCAGCAGUGUCUGGGAAGAACCUGGAGCUUCUUCAGGAUGAGAUUCACCAACAGGAUCAGAGGAUUCAACUACUUGGUCAACAGGUUCAAGAGCAAUCUGUGUAAGUUUAAAGCGACUGA